AUGUUCGGUUUACUCUUUGUUACUCUUAUUUCUUUGAGCAAUGCCAUUAGUUUUGAUAGUUGGAUGGCUAAAAAUAACCAAAAAUUCAAAGGAGUUGAAUUAUUAAGAAGAAGAGCUAUCUUUAAUAUGAACUCUAAAUUUGUUGCUAAGUUUAACCAACAACAUAACUUCCAAUUAUCUGUUGAUGGACCAUAUGCCGCUAUGACUAAUACUGAAUACAAUGCCUUAUUAAAAGCUAGAAGCGUUAAUGAUGCUGACACACCAAUCAGAAAGUCUGUUAAAAGAGAUAUUCCAAAGGCUAUUGAUUGGAGAGCUGAAGGAAAAGUUACUCCAAUUAGAGAUCAAGCCCAAUGUGGUUCAUGUUAUUCAUUUGGAUCACUUGCUGCUAUUGAAUCAAGAUUAUUGAUUGGUGGUUCUCAAACUUAUACUGCUGAUAAUCUUGACCUUUCUGAACAACAAAUAGUUGAUUGUAGUGACAGAAAUAAUGGAUGUAAUGGUGGUUCUAUUUUAUAUGUCUACGCUUACACUAAGAGAAAUGGAGUAAUGCAAGAAAAAGACUAUCCAUAUACUGCAACAAAUGGAACUUGUCAAUAUGAUACUAAUAAAAUUGUUGUUAAGAACGCUGGACAAGUUAUUGUUCAACAAAGAAAUGAAACUGCAUUAGUAGAAGCUAUUGCUGAAGGACCAGUUGCUGUUGCUAUUGAUGCAGGUCAAAUUUCUUUCCAAUUAUAUAAAUCAGGAGUUUAUGAUGAACCAAAAUGUAAAAAGUUUAUUCUUAAUCAUGCUGUUUGUGCUGUUGGAUAUGGAUCUCAAGAUGGUAAAGAUUAUUAUAUUGUAAGAAAUUCAUGGGGAACUACAUGGGGAAUGGAUGGUUAUAUUUUAAUGUCAAGAAAUAAGAAUAAUCAAUGUGGUAUUGCUAAUGAUGCAAUUUAUCCAACUGGUGUUACAGAAGUGAAGAAAUAA